UUUCAGACGGCUUUAUUUAAGCCGUGGAAAGUUCCAGCUAGUUAGUAUAAAAACUUAUUGCAGUGUAAACUAAGGUAAGAUUUUAUUUUUAAAAUGUUACAUCAGAUUGCUGUGAUCUUCCUAACAGGAGUUGCAUUGAUUUUGGGCAUCAAUGCAGCACAAACCGAUCCAACAACGAACUGCGUAGAAUUUGGCGGAACGUGUGACCAGCAUCGUAGUUGCUGCGGGGAAAACCUCAAGUGCGACCAGUCGAUUACUUUCGGCAGAUACGAGUGCAAAGAAAAAGCAAAACUGGGCGACUCGUGCCGAGAAACAUUUCACUGCAUUGACAUUCUGCACUCCGUAUGUUCGAAAAAUGAGUGCGUGUGUAGACAAAACAACGUCAGAGUUAACGACUACGCCUGCGCCCCAAUCUUGAAUGGCUAUUGUUGGAAAAACGAGACCUGCGCGACGGAGAAUUCACUGUGCAUUGAUAAUGAGUGUCAAUGCAGAGACGAAUUUGUAGCCGAGGCCAACGAGUGUUUACCAGAUGUAAUUGGAUCGAAAUGCAGUGACGAUGCAACGUGCGCAAGUGUCAAAUUUGCAGCGUGCUCGGAGAGAAAAGUUUGCGCUUGUUCAAGCAACACGAUUGCGAUAAGUAGCAGAUUGUGCUCAGUGGCUCUAGAAGAAACCUGCGAUUCUGAUCGAGAUUGUGACGUCGCUCAUUCUUGGUGUCAUAACAAUAAGUGCCAAUGCAAGGAUCAAUAUGCUGCCUACUCUAAAAUCAAAUGUAUUCUCCUUUGCAUUGAUAAUAGAUGUACAUGCAAAGAUAAUUACAAACAGGAGGAAAAUGUCUGCUUACCGAUCAAGCAGUGUAAAGGAGAAGAAGAGUGCCAAGAAAUUAAUGGUGUCUGCAUUGCCGGUCUAUGCCAAUGCAGGGACGAUAGCGUGAUGCGGAACUCGAAAUGCCUGCCGAAACAAUUGGAGCAACGAUGUAGUGAGGAUUCAGACUGCUCGGAAAUAAAAUUCGCAGUGUGUUUAGAAAAUCAAUGCACUUGUACAAACGGAUUCUUCGCUGUCAAUGCAACAGCCUGUGAAAUAGGUCUUGGUGGAAGCUGCAGUGUCAAUGAAGAUUGUGCGAUCGAACUCUCUCAUUGUUUUGGAAAAAUGUGUCAAUGCAAUGCCGGCUACAUACAGACUUCCGAGAAUCAAUGCAAUGCAACGGAUCUAGGGAAAACUUGUUUUCACGAAAGCGGUUGCAAUCUGAUAAAAAACGCGUAUUGCUUUGAGAGUCAAUGCCGUUGCAAGGACAACUAUAUUGAAUUAAAUGCAUUCAUAUGCGCUCCGUUGCUCAACACCACCUGCUCUGAUGACCUGAAGUGCGUUCCCCAGAACUCGGUCUGCAUUGAUCAUAAGUGUCAAUGCAAGAGCAGUUACUUCCCGAUAUCCAACAAUGAGUGUGUCUCAAGGUCCCUGGAACGGCAAUGCAGAACUGAAAGAGACUGCAAUGACAUCCCCUACGCCAAGUGUUCUGAAACUGAAAAAUGUAUCUGCCAUGAGGAUUAUGUGAGGACUGGCCUAACAACUUGUUCGCCAACUUUGGGAGCUAGCUGCAAAAACAACAGGGAGUGUGUCACUGUCAAUGCAGAGUGUUCCAGGAACCGAUGUCGCUGUUCCGCUGGAUACACGGAGCGCUUCUAUCACUGCCAUCCUGUGUUCUUAGGUCAGAAGUGUGACUUUGACGAAAAUUGUAAUAAAAUUACAAACGCCGAGUGUUUUCAAGAAAAAUGUCAAUGCAAACCAGGGUACACAAAGUUCGACCACCAUGUGUGCUUGCCGCUGACUGACGAGAACUGCACGGAACACAAAGAGUGUGCUGUCUACAAUUCAAACUGUGUUAACAAUAAGUGUAAAUGCUUGGAGACCUUCGUUCCGCAGACCCAGUCUAAAUGUGUAGCGAGUAAGUAUUAA